GUAAAACACCGGUUAGUUUGCAAUCAUUCAUCGUUCUAUUAGCAAUAAUUAAUACGAAGGUCCAGUUAAAAAUGACAAAGUUCUUUGUGAUACUGGUGUUAACAUUAUCAGUUUCUUUAUGUUACUCUACAAAUAUAUCUGAAUUGUUCAAAAUAUGCCACCAGAGCGAUAAAGAUUUGGAUACAUGUUUAAAAGGAGCCAUUGAGGUAGCAAUAAAAGCAAUAGGAUCCAAAGGAAUACCAGAUUUGGAUGUUCCUCCGGUUGAACCAAUUGCUGUAAAAGAGAUAACAUUCGGAUCUGGAACUGAUGCAGUUCAGUUGGACCAAAUGUACCAUGAUGUUAAACUAAUAGGAUUUACAGAUAAUUUGAAGAUAACCAAAGCUCAUUAUCAUACUGGAAAAAAGUCCUUAGCUUUUACUACUUUCAAUCCUGUUCUAAAACAACAGGGCAAAUAUGACUUAAAAGGAAAAAUAUUGGUUAUACCUGUAUACGGAAAGGGAGAUUCCAUUGUAACAUUAAAGGAUGUAACAAUGAACCAUUUCAUGACUUUCGGAGAAGAGAAGAAGCAAGGAAAGACAUACCUCAAAGUUAUCAAUUACGUUGCUGAAUUGUCUAUUAAGGGGGCAAACUUCGACUUCAAGAAUUUAUUUGACGGCAACAAACUUCUUUCGGAUAAUAUUUUGAAAGUCGUGAACGAGAACUGGAGUGUUAUUAUUGGCGAACUUCGUCCCGGUAUAGUUAAAUCCUACGCCCAAAUAUUUUCAGCGAUUGCACAGUCUGUUGUAAGUAAGGUUCCCGUCGACGAUAUUUUCCCGAGUUAACUAAAAUGUGUAGGUAUUACUAGGUGUCACGUUACGAUUGAUUAGUAAAGUUUGUUACAGUUAAAAA